UGAUUGAAAAAUGGUCCGGAAGCGCCUGCUGGUAUGCUCGACCGCGGCGGCACUGUACACAUCCAAGUAUGAGAAGAUGCGAUUUAGCGUUCCGGCUGGAAGCGUCUGCAGUGAUCGUUUUGUCGUGCGAUCCCGCACCAUUCUGCACAGAAGGCGACUAGCUAAAUUGGAUCACUUUCUGAUCUGUGCAAGUCUUAUUCAAGACAGCGCUUGUACUUGGCGGCAGUGUAUCAUCACGAAUCUGCCACAAGUAGCAUAGUAGAGGCGCAUCGCGUUGUCGUCGUAGCGCGAACAGAUGAGUCCCAUUCAGAUGGGAUGUCAUGUGCUCAUGGAACCAAGUAGUGCUGUGUGUAUGAGAAUAUCUGUCUACUUUCUGGGGUUUCAGAGGCC